CCCAAAAAGGCCCAUAUAAAACCUGCAAACCCCUGGCCUUUUAGGGUUUUUUCUCUGAACGCAGAUCUUUAAGAAGAGCUCUCUCUCUCUCACAGAAGCUCAGCUGCUGUUCCACCAUGGCCGUCGGGAAGAACAAGAGGAUUUCAAAGGGGAAGAAGGGAGGCAAGAAGAAGGCUGUCGAUCCAUUUGCAAAGAAGGAGUGGUAUGAUAUCAAAGCCCCUUCAGUUUUCAGCAACAAGAAUGUGGGGAAAACCCUUAUUACCCGUACUCAGGGCACCAAGAUAGCGUCAGAAGGUCUCAAGCACCGUGUGAUUGAGGCGUCCUUGGCUGAUCUACAAGGUGAUGAGGAUCACGCUUACAGAAAGAUCCGCUUGAGGAUUGAAGAUGUUCAGGGAAAGAAUGUCCUUACUAACUUCUGGGGUAUGGACUUCACCACAGACAAGUUGAGAUCACUUGUCAGGAAAAGGCAAUCACUGAUUGAGGCACAUAUUGAUGUCAAGACAACUGAUGCGUAUACUUUGCGCAUGUUUUGCAUUGCCUUCACUAAGAAGCGUGUAAACCAGCAAAAGGUUACAUGCUAUGCCAAGGGAAGCCAAGUUCGUCAGAUUAGGCGGAAGAUGAGGGAGAUUAUGGUUAACCAAGCACAGUCCUGCAGUCUUAAGGAAUUGGUCCUGAAGUUCAUUCCUGAGUCAAUUGGGAAAGAGAUUGAGAAGGCUACUUCAAGCAUCUACCCACUCCAGAACGUUUACAUCAGAAAGGUUAAAAUCUUGAAGGCACCCAAAUUUGACCUUGGCAAGUUGAUGGAGGUUCAUGGAGAUUACACCGAAGAUAUUGGUGCAAAGUUGGACAGGCCAGCGGAGGAGCCAGUUGCUGAGCCGACUGAACUUGUUGGUGCCUAAAUUGCAUUGUUCUGAAUUAACUCCAUGUCUCUUCUGUUGCAAGUUUAGUUUUAUCUCUAUUUCAUACAAACGUUUGCAGUUGGAGUUUUUGUAAGAGAUUUUGUUUCUCCAUGAGUAGGGAAAUUAUACUGAAAAUCAGUCUUGUUGUGGUGGUUAUAUUUAUGAAUUCUCAGCCCUCAUUUUUGAA